GAUGUUUUAAUGCCUGAAUCAAGUAUUAUACAUAAGAGAGUAGUAGAGAUGUUUAUCAACAGCGGUCCUGAUUUUAAAAGGGUGGAUAAAAGUGGAUGGGAUGCGUUAAUGCUAGCAUCAAGCAAUGGACAUGAAAAAGUAGUAGAGUUGCUUAUAAAAAGCGGUGCUAAUUUUGAAAGGGUAGAUGAAAAUGGAAGGGAUGCUUUAAUGCUUGCAUCAAACAAUGGAAAUGAAAAAGUUGUAGAGUUGCUUAUCAACAGAGGUGCUGAUUUUAAAAAAAAUAGAUAAAGAAAGAUCCGAUGCUUUAAUGCUUGCAUCAAGCUAUGGACAUGAGAAAGUAGUGGAGUUGCUUAUCAAUAGAGGUGCUGAUAUUGAAAGAGUGCGUGGAUAUGGAAAAAAUACUUUAAUGCUUGCUUCAAGCUAUGGACAUGAAAAAGUAGUAGAGUUGCUUAUCAAUAGAGGUGCUGAUUUAGAAAGUGUGGAUGAAAAUGGAAGGGAUGCUUUAAUGCUUGCAUCAAACAAUGGACAUGAAAAAGUUGUAGAGUUGCUUAUCAACAGAGGUGCUGAUUUUAAAAAAAUGGAUAAAGAAGGAUCCGAUGCUUUAAUGCUUGCAGCAAGCUAUGGACAUGAGAAAGUAGUGGAGUUGCUUAUAAACAGCGGAGCUGAUUUUAAAAGAGUGCGUGGAUAUGGAAAAAAUACUUUAAUGCUUGCUUCAAGCUAUGGACAUGAAAAAGUAGUAGAGUUGCUUAUCAAUAGAGGUGCUGAUUUAGAAAGUGUGGAUGAAAAUGGAAGGGAUGCUUUAAUGCUUGCAUCGAACAAUGGACAUGAAAAAGUUGUAGAGUUGCUUAUCAACAGAGGUGCUGAUUUUAAAAAAAUGGAUAAAGAAGGAUCCGAUGCUUUAAUGCUUGCAGCAAGCUAUAGACAUGAGAAAGUAGUGGAGUUGCUUAUAAACAGCGGAGCUGAGUUUAAAAGAGUGGAUAAACUUGAAUGGUAUUUUUUAAUGCAUGCAUCAAUGGAUGGGCAUGAAAAACUAGUAAAGUUGCUUAUCAACAGCUUUGCUGAUUUUAAAAGAGUGGAUGAAAAUGAACGGGAUGCAUUAAUGCAUGCAUCAAUCAAUGGACAUGAAAAAGUAGUAGAGUUGCUUAUGAACAGCGGUGCUGAUUUUAAAAGAGUGGAUAAACUCGGAUGGGAUGCUUUAAUGAAUGCAUCAAUCAAAGGACAAGAAAAAGUAGUAGAUUUGCUUAUGAACAGCGGUGCUGAUUUUAAUAGAGUGGAUAAAAAUGGACGGGAUGCAUUAAUGCUUGCAUCAAACAAUGGACAUGAAAAAGUAGUGGAGUUGCUUAUAAACAGCGAUGCUGAUUUUAAAAGAGUGGAUAAACUUGGAUGGGAUGCUUUAAUGCAUGCAUCAAUCACAGGUCAUGAAAAAGUAGUAGAGUUGCUUAUGAACAGCAAUGCUGAUUUUAAAAGAGUGGAUGAAAAUGGACGGGAUGCAUUAAUGCUUGCCUCAUUCAAUGGGCAUAACAAAGUAGUAGAGUUGCUUAUCAACAGCGGUGCUGAUUUAAAAACAGUAAAUAAAAAUGGACGGGAUGUAUUAAUGCUUGCCUCAAUCAAUGGACAUGAAAAAGUAGUCGAUUUGCUUAUGAACAGCGGUGUUGAUUUUGAAUUUCUGGAUGACGAUGAAUGGAAUGCUUUAAUGCUUGCAUCAACCAAUGGACAUACAUCAUUAGUGGAGUUGCUUAAUAAAAAUGGCGCUGAUUUUAAACGAGUGCGUGGAUAUGGAAGGGAUGUUUUAAUGCCUGAAUCAAGUAUUAUACAUAAGAGAGUAGUAGAGAUGUUUAUCAACAGCGGUCCUGAUUUUAAAAAGGUGGAUAAAAGUGGAUGGGAUGCGUUAAUGCUAGCAUCAAGCAAUGGACAUGAAAAAGUAGUAGAGUGGCUUAUCAAAAGCGGUGCUAAUUUUGAAAGGGUAGAUGAAAAUGGAAGGGAUGCUUUAACGAUUGCUUUGAACAAUGGACAUGAAAAAGUUGUAGAGUUGCUUAUCAAUAGAGGUGCUGAUUUAGAAAGUGUGGAUGAAAAUGGAAGGGAUGCUUUAAUGCUUGCAUCAAACAAUGGACAUGAAAAAGUUGUAGAGUUGCAUAUCAACAAUGGUGCUGAUUCUAAAAAAAUGGAUAAAGAAGGAUCCGAUGCUUUAAUGCUUGCAUCAAGCUAUGGACAUGAGAAAGUAGUGGAGUUGCUUAUCAACAGCAGUGCUGAUUUUGAAAGUCUGGAUGAAGAUGAAUGGAGUGCUUUAAUGCUUGCAUCAAACAAUGGACAUACAUCAUUAGUGGAGUUGCUUAUUAAAAAUGGCGCUGAUUUUAAACGAGUGCGUGGAUAUGGAAGUGAUGUUUCAAUGCCUGAAUCAAGUAUUAUACAUAAGGGAGUAGUAGAGAUGUUUAUCAACAGCGGUCCUGAUUUUAAAAGGGUGGAUAAAAGUGGAUGGGAUGCGUUAAUGCUAGCAUCAAGCAAUGGACAUGAAAAAGUAGUAGAGUUGCUUAUAAAAAGCGGUGCUAAUUUUGAAAAGGCAGAUGGAAAUGGAAUGGAUGCUUUAAUGCUAGCAUCAAGCAAUGGACAUGAAAAAGUAGUAGAAGGUGCUGAUUUAGAAAGUGUGGAUGAAAAUGGAAGGGAUGCUUUAAUGCUUGCAUCAAACAAUGGACAUGAAAAAGUUGUAGAGUUGCUUAUCAACAGUGGUGCUGAUUUAAAAAAAAUGGAUAAAGAAGGAUACGAUGCUUUAAUGCUUGCAUCAAGCUAUGGACAUGAGAAAGUAGUGGAGUUGCUUAUAAACAGCGGUGCUGAUUUUAAAAGAGUGGAUAAACUUGGAUGGGAUGCUUUAAUGCAUGCAUCAAUAGAUGGGCAUGAAAAACUAGUACAGUUGCUUAUCAAUAGAGGUGCUGAUUUAGAAAUUGUGGAUGAAAAUGGAAGGAAUGCUUUAAUUUAUGCAUCAAGGAAUGGACAUGAAAAACUAGUAGAGUUGCUUUUCAACAGCGGUGUUGAUUUAAAAAGAGUGGAUAUAGAUGGAUGGGAUGCUUUAAUGCAUGCAUCAAACAAAGGACAUGAUAACAUUCUACAAUUAUUGCUUAAAGAAGUUCUUCUAAUACAACUCCAGCUGAUUGUUAUUUGGAGAAUAUAA